AACGUGUAGAAAAUGUGUGAAUAAAUAUUAAAAAAUUUGCUGGAAUUUUAAAUAGACAAUUUUAAAUAGAAAAUUUUAAAAAAGAUGUUGUAAAACUUAAAUUAAAUUUAACAAUUUAAUGUUUCUUCUGGUAUUUGGAUUAUUUACUUCCUCUGCUACGAUUUGAUCGUCGUUGACAUACAUUUACAAUCGCUUACUUACACUAACAAUCUCAGCAAUGUCGGCCCCAUUGGCAUAUGAUGCGACUUAUUUGAAAUCCAUUUCCGGUAUUUUAAAAAUUUGUUGCAUGAUCUGCUGUUUCCUAGGAUUUCUCUGUAUUGUUUGCAGUUCAGUACAUUUGCACAAUUUUCGCGGCUGUUUUUACAAUACAUGCGUUAUAGUUGCCUUUAUUUGUACAUUGUUGGUGUUACUGGCACGUCUGUAUCAAUUGUGGCAACGUAAAUUCUAUAAAUUCAAUGCUGUUAAAUACGAAUUUUACUUGCAUGUAUUCCUGGCAUUUACCUGUUUCACAGCUGGCUGCGUUACAAUAUCCUUGGAUGUUCUAUCCUAUACAAUUGCAACGUUUUUUGCAUUUCUCGCCUUUAGCUUUUAUGUGUUUGACGCUUAUUUGGGUUAUCGUUUAAAUCGCCUUUGUGAUGCUCAAACCCAAACGACACCACAACCUCCAGUUUAAAUAGAACUCUGUGAGGUUUUCCUUGGAAAAUUUCUUUAUUUUUUAUUGUCAUUAUGUUUUGUGAACAUAAUAUGUGAAUGCAUGACUUGUAUUUAAUUGUGAUUAUUUAGAAAAAAAGAAGAAAGAAUGAAAAAGAAAAAAAUCGAAUGAAUUGUUUGUUAAGUUUAAGCAUUUAUAUAAUAAAUAUUGAAAAUAAGACUGUAUGUUGUAAUGUCACAAAAGAAACACUUAAACCAAAUGUUAAGUUUAGUAACUAUUUUAGUAUUUUGUUUUAAAUAAAUUAAAUAAUAUAUUUUUAA